AUGUCGGUUACCUACAAUGGUACCAUCAGUACCGGCGGUGACUCGUUGACCGAGAAUCUGAACAUCUACUACAAUGGUGGUGAUAUUGCCUGGGUUAUUACCUCGUCCGCUUUGGUUUUGCUCAUGAUUCCGGGUGUUGGAUUCUUCUACUCCGGUCUCGCACGACGAAAGUCAGCAUUAUCACUCAUUUGGCUGUCUAUCAUGUCGGUCGGUGUGGUGUCGUUCCAAUGGUUCUUCUGGGGUUACUCGCUAUCUUUCUCCCACACUGCUGGAAAGUUCAUUGGUGAUUUGGAGAACAUUGGCUUGAGAAACGUUUUGGCUGCUCCAUCUGUGGGAAGUACCGCGGUUCCCGAUAUUCUAUUCUGCAUUUUCCAGGGCAUGUUCGCCGCUAUUACUGUUGCCCUUGCUGCCGGUGCCAUUGCUGAGCGUGGCCGCAUGCUUCCCUGUAUCAUCUUCAUGUUCGUUUGGUCGACUGUCAUCUACGAUCCUAUCGCCUGCUGGACAUGGAACUCUUCGGGUUGGGUUUACAAGAUGGGUGGAUUGGACUUCGCCGGUGGUACUCCUGUCCACAUUUCCUCAGGCUGUGCUGCCCUCGCUUACUCCUUGAUGCUGGGCAAGCGUCGUGGUCACGGUACUCAUGAGCUUAAUUACCGCCCUCACAACGUCACCCACGUUGUUAUCGGCACUGUCUUCCUCUGGGUCGGCUGGUUCGGCUUCAAUGCCGGUUCCGCUUUGGCUGCUAACCUGCGUGCCGUUAUGGCCGCUGUCGUGACCAACCUGGCCGCCUCGGUCGGUGGUGUAACCUGGUGUCUCCUGGAUUACCGCCUCGAGCGCAAGUGGUCCACGGUCGGCUUCUGCUCCGGUGUUAUCGCUGGUCUGGUCGCUAUUACUCCCGGUUCUGGCUUCGUUACCCCAUGGGCUGCUUUCAUCUUCGGUGUUGUCGGUGCCGUCGCUUGCAACUACGCUACAAAGUUGAAGUUCGUGCUGGGCGUUGAUGAUGCUCUGGAUAUCUUCGCUGUCCACGGCAUUGGUGGUCUGGUCGGCAACCUGCUGACUGGACUCUUUGCUGCUGACUACAUUGCUCACCUGGAUGGUGCCACUGACAUUCCCGGUGGCUGGAUCAACAAGAACUACAUUCAGCUCGGCUACCAGCUCGCAGACUCCAUGUCCGGUGCUGCCUACUCUUUUGUCGGAACAUGCAUCAUCCUCUUCGUUCUCAACCUCAUCCCUGGAUGCAGCCUUCGUGCUCCCGAGGAGGAUGAGAUCAUGGGUAUCGAUGAUGCCGAGAUUGGCGAGUUUGCCUAUGAUUAUGUCGAGGUCACUCGUGAUAUUGUCAAUGGUAUUGAGGCCAGUGAGACUGGCUCCAAGCGGACCAUGACACCGACCGGCGAGAACGCUACCACCAUUGACACCAAGGCCUAA